AUGAAUACGAUUGUUUUACUAGCAGUGUAUCUGGAGAAGACCCUGCACAACGCUAACAAGUACUUCGUCGCCUGUCUUGCACUUUCCGAUUUCAUGGUAGCUGCGUUCAGUGUCACGAUCCGUCUUCACCAGUAUAUGAGACCCGAUGUUCCGCUGAGCAUCCACGCAUGUCGUUUUUGGAUUUGGGUCGAUAUCUUUACCGAAUUAGCAUCGAUCACAACAUUGACAAUAAUCAGCAUUGAUCGUUACUUUAAAGUUGGCAAACCGUUUAAGUACAAAACAAUGAUGUCGACCACCAAAUGCAAGAUUAUCAUCAUGUUCCUAUGGCUGUACUCGGCUGUGGUCGCUUUCCUUGGUUUAAUGCCAUAUGGAAGCUCCAAAGGAGUGCACACAACGAACGUCGGAACUUGUGUCAAUGAUAACAAGGUGUUCUAUACCUUAGCUGCGUUUCUUGGAUUUUUUAUUCCUGUAUUAAUCCUAAUUAUCAUGUGUACAUUGAUGUUCCGCAUUGUGAGAAAGUUUCACCGAUCACGAUCAACUCACAACCAAAACGCAAGUUUCGAAUCACCGAUGAUGCCAAGGGUUCAUGUUACCGGAAAAAGAGUCACCAAUUCAAAUCGACGAACAGUUGGAAUAUUCAGCUUGGUUGUUUGUGCUUUUAUUGUGUGCUGGGGGCCUUUCUUUAUUCUUUUCCUAAUAAGCCAGUACAACAUAGACUUGUUGCAUCCAAAUAAGAAAGGUUUUCAAAUUUUAUCAAUGAUUUGUUUCAAUAUUUUGCCGUAUACGAACAGUUUCUUAAAUCCUAUAAUUUACGCUUAUUUCGACAAGUCGUUCAAUAUGGCCAUAAAGAAUUUACUGUUGAGAAUGGCGGGAAAGCAGCCGAGGUCUUUGAAAUCUACGACACCAACAAGUCACGCGCUCGCCCGAGUUGCCUCAAAUAAUAAAAGAGAAACUAGAGAACAUACAGUAGUAGAAUUAGAGAAAUGA